AUGAAGAAAGCGGGACAGGGAAAAUCGUUCGAGGCGCACAGGAACGUCAACCAAGAGAGGCUGGCCUACGUAAUGUCCUACCUCGUAGGGAACGAAGUGAACGUUCAUAUGAAGGAUGGAAACGAAGUGAAAGGGUUAUUUCACGCAUAUAAUUAUGCAAAUAAAGGAGAAAAAAAACAAGGGGAUAUUUCCUUAAAUUACGCUAGGGUUCAGCCGAAGAAGGACCGAGUUAGCGGCCCAAUAAACAAAGCAAUGAUCAUUCCGGAAAAUCUAUACACCAUAAUUGUUGGGAAAAAUAUAAACCUAGAAUUAAAAGACCCAGAUGGGGUAAAAAAGGUGAAGGAGAAGUUUCAAAUUGAUGCAGAUAUUUCCGGAAGAAAAAAAAAAUAUAAUUUUAAUAGUGCCAAUAGAGAGUUAAAGAGGUGGGUAUGUGAAGGUCCAUUUUACGAUGAAAAUAAAUUAACCUUAGAAGACAACAUGAAAGAACCAUGGGAUCAAUUCGAACACAACAGGAAGAUGUAUGGGGUCACAACUACGUAUAAAGAAGAAUUAUACACGACCAACUUAGACGUGAACAAGAUUCCGCAGCAUGUAAAAAUGCACGCGGAUAAAAUUGCCAAAGAGUUAGAAAACAGAGGAAUGCACCUCGACCCCGAGGAUGCAGAAGGGGACAAUAAAGAAUUGGACGAAGAAGAUUUGUUCGGAGCUGUAAGACAAAGUAAGGAUAAGUUUUCGAAAUUUUCCAAAGGAAAAAGGGAGGAAGGAAAAAGCAUCCAGCCACAGGGCAGGUUUAACCAGUCCGCCCUCAGGGAUUUGAAGGAGAAAAUCCAGUCAGUCAAAAUGGACAACGAGAAGAAAUUUCCAACGAACAAGCAGAAAAAAAUAAAUUUCACCAUAUCGGCAAGUGGGGAAGACGUUGAAAGCAGCGAGAAAAACAAUGACUCAUCAAAGAAGGAAGACGGAAAAAGCGCCGAGUUUAGUGGAAUCAAUGCCCUAAAUUUGGAACCAGCGUUGCCAAGAUUGGAUGAAAAAACCCGAACAGAAUGGAUCAUGUUCAAGAAUAAAGCAAAAAAUAAAACUGUCAACAAAAAGGACAAAUCAACGGAGAAACAAGAAUUUAUAACAGCAGCAAAGGAGUUUAAUGAAAAAUUAGCCAACAAAAUGAGUACACAAACCCAGGAAUCAAAGAACGAAGUAAACUUUGAACAGCUGGAGAUCAACAACCCCACGUCUGAGCUGCAGACAACUGAGUUAAACAUUACAGAGAACGUCACCAAUGCCAACGUCGACGAAACAGAUGAGACUAUAGCCUCCGAAAACGAAAACACGAUAGUAAAGAGCAAUACUGUCAGUUUGAGCAACUCGAGCAUCCGCCCGUAUGAUACCUACAUUUUAAACUUUAACAAUUUUAAUAACAUGAACAAUUUUAACAGCCUCAGUAGCUUUAAAAAUUUGAACAACAUGAACAACAUGAACAACAUGAGCAGCCUGUGCAACAUUAGCAAUAUGAACCACCUGAACGGGUUUAACCAUCCCAAACACUUUAACAUGAAGCAUGGCAUGAUUGGCCACAACGUGGGGUACCGCCCCAUUGUCGCCCAACUACCCAGCGCGCCAACUCAGAUAUACCCUACAUCCGAUUUGUAUCUUCGAAAAAAUGUCGGGACGAGACCAAUAUAUCAAAAUGUGGACAUGCUGGUGAAUAAGUUUCAUAACAAUGCUAACCACCACCAGAAGUACCCAUCAUAUAGGAAGUACCACAAGGAGUUCCACCCUUUUCCGACUCGAACCUUCGCGCCGAAGGAACACUUCGACUCCCUUAUGAACAACACCCUGAGGAACUCCAAAAGGGAGGACUGCGUGAAGAGCCCCAUCCACUUCAGAAACAACAACCAGUAUAGCUACAAAAACGUCUUCGGAGGACCCCCCCCGCGUGCACCUGUCCAUAUAUACAAGGAGGAAAACCACUUCCCCAGGAACAUACCAGUGCAGCCGAACGUGCCAGGCAUUCUGGUAAAUGUCCCUGUGAUACCUGUUGGCCAUCCGAUCGUUAAUGCACAAUUUAUGGAAAGCCCCCCCCAAUAUUAUCCCCCCUAUGUCAGAGGGAACUACGCGAAUAAUUCAGUUCCUGCCAGUGCAAAUGGUGGAUAUUAUUAUAACAUCCCCGUAUCCAGUGUGGACAGUAAUUAUUCUCCAAAUAAAAACAUGAAUUUGUUUGCAGCGACAAAUCCGCAUAUUCCAAAUUUGCAUGUACAAUCUCCACAAGUGCCAAACGUGCCCGUACAGACUCCGCAGGUGCCAAAUUUGCAUGCGCAAAAUGCACACAUUAACAUUCCCGUAACGCCAUAUAUGACUCCAACCCUGAACUACGGCGUUAACAGCAGCAAUCCUCUGAACAUGACGAAUAAUGCCAAUGUACCGAAUCCAAACAUUAAUAUCCCACCGUACCCCCCAGAAUAUCUCGUUGUGAAUACCCCGAAAUAUCCGAGCACACAGGCAGUGCCCAUGCCUGUUUACCCACAGUACCAGUACCAGAAUUAUUAUCCAUCGUCAUCGCCCCAUGGGAUGAAGAAUUCUUAA